GCUCGGGCUCGCCUGGCUGCAGCGUCGGUGCUCGACGAGGACAAUCCUCGUCGCCAUUGUGCACUACUCGGCCCCGCCCAAGGACGUAGUGCCGUUCUUGCGCGCGAUGUCGUUGGCCGUGAGGACGCCGGCGCUGACGGCGCUCCUUGGCCUCUUGACGCUGCCGCGCGGAGGGAAGCAUUGGCCGCAGGCGUACCUCAACAGCACCACGGUCGCCGACAUCGGCUGUAUCUGCACGGCCAUAACCGUCUUCAACAACGUGUGCAUCGACGGUGUGUGCUGCAAUAUGCAGUGGCCUGCGAGCCACGACCCCGCGUUUUGCCCGCCCUACCGCAAGUUUGUCCUUUGCCGCAUGCUUGUGCGUUGUACGAACCUCCUUCGCGCGUGCAUCCCGGCCGAGUCGGGCCUCGUCGAGGCUGUGACGUCACCUGCCCACUGCGCCGGCCACGGGCAGCAAUGA